GUCACUUGGGUAGACGAAUGAAAUUCAUGUUUUAAAAGGUCACAAUUGACCGGAAGUUUACAUUAGCAGAGGAAGCUAAAGCUAUCCAGCGUUUUCCUUCUGUUUGGACCCUAAAUAAACACAUCGAAAACAUGGUUUGUGAAAAAUGUGAGAAGAAGCUCGGCACAGUAAUCACUCCAGACACCUGGAAGGAUGGAGCUCGGAACACAACAGAAAGUGGAGGGCGGAAGUUAAAUGAGAACAAGAUGCUAACAUCUAAAAAAGCCAGGUUUGACCCUUACAGCAAGACAGGCUUUGCUGUCUGCAGGAUCUGCAAGAGCUCAGUUCAUCAGGCCGGAUCUCACUACUGCCAGGGCUGCGCUUACAAGAAAGGAAUCUGUGCGAUGUGUGGAAAGAAGGUUCUGGACACCAAGAACUACAAGCAGACGUCUGUGUAAUGUAGCAUUGGUCAGAGAACAUCUGCACGAGUUAUAAACAUAGACUGGAAAAGAGGCGUCAGAAGUAGUUUUGUCUUCUUUAUCUUAGGUAAUUUUAUCACACCACUGGAUCUGUUCCAUUCACAAGCAAACAGCACCUUCUCCAAAUUUAUUGCCCUUCCCUAAAGUGACUGGUUCCAGAGGUUUUGUCAACUUUGUUUUGAACUUUAUGUUCAUGUAAUAUAGUCUGUGUUGAAAUUGAGUGAAUUAAAGCUGCCAGUUUGGCCAAAUGA